GGUCAACAAAACUGGGCCCUUCUUGCCCAGGAAGCUGACAAAGCAAAGCGGGUGGCUCCAAACUGAAAGCUCAUGAAAUAACUCUGCUUUUCAGUCUUCUGCAGGACAAAAGGAUGCUGGGGGUGAGCUGACUCUGUUUUCAUUCUAGUUUAAUCCAGCAUUCUUGCUUUUGGUCACAUGUCGAUCAAUACUGCUGGCCUGUGACUCUGCCGCUCUCUAUAAAUUGCGGGGCCCAGCUGCGGGUGUCCAGCGGCAGAAGCAAAUUUUGGUGCAACCGGUAGGCUUCCUCCGCUCCUCCUUCUUCCGGGGUUUACGCUGCUGCUGCUUUCGUGGGCCGCUUUUCCAACCAGGGUUGAGUCUCUGGUGGAGAAAAUCGGUCAGGAGGGUAGGGUGGAGCGGGCGCAAAAUAAGGGGAGGUCUGUAGAGAGACGGUUGGAACCCACCGUCCACCGCCCAAGAACAAGGAGAGGCUCUGUAGCGGGCAAAGGGGGAGCAGCCCCCUUUCGCCAUGGCCUUGGACCAUCAGACAUCGAAGCAGCUGCAGACCAGUUCCAAGAUCGCCCUCUUCGAACAGGACAACUUCCAGGGCCGCUGCCAGGAGCUGAGUGCCCCUUGCCCCAACUUGAAGGAGGCCGGAAUAGAGAAAGUCAGUUCCAUUUUGGUGCAUUCAGGCCCGUGGGUUGGAUAUGAGCAGGCUCACUUCAAAGGGGAGCAGUUCAUCUUUGAGAAGGGGGAGUACCCCCGCUGGGACUCCUGGACCAGCAGCCGCAGGAGCGAUGGCAUCUCCUCCCUGAGGCCCAUCAAAGUGGACAGCCAGGAGCACAAGAUCGUCCUGUACGAGAACCCCAGCUUCAGUGGCAAGAAGAUUGAAAUUGUGGACGACGACGUGCCCAGUUUCCACGCCUACGGCUACCAGGAGAAGGUGUCCUCCGUGCGAGUGCAGAGCGGCACGUGGGUUGGCUACCAGUACCCCGGCUACCGUGGGUACCAGUGUCUGUUUGAGAAGGGAGACUACAAGGACAACCUGGAGUUCGGCGCCCAGCAGCCCCACAUCCAGUCGGUCCGGCGCAUCCGGGACAUGCAGUGGCACCAGCAGGGCGCCUUCUAUCGCACCAGCUAAGCCCCGGGAGGGUCCUGGGCCGCCCCCGCCACCCGGUCUUCCUCUGCUGCCUGGCCGGGCCCCCUCCUCUGCUCGCUGCCUCUGCUUCUGCUUCCAUCCCUGAAUAAAGCUUUUGUCAUCUGA